AUGAAAACAAUACAACAUGAAUGUAUGCUGCCGAAGCAACCGCGUUGCUUGGACCUUCCCCCGACCGCGGGAUGUUGCGCGAAACUAAUCUGCACUCUUCGUUCUCUGCUUUUGCCUUGUGACUGGCAUCAUGGCACCAUGUUUCACAUACGCAGCAGAAAGAACUUGGCUUUGGAGAAGGAAAAGCAGCUAACAAAAGCGCAUGCCUUCGUUUGGCAUCCGUACAGUGCAAUAAAGUUUUAUUGGGACUGUCUUGGAUUGGUUGUGUAUCUAUGCGUUCUUUUUUAUAUGCCAUUUCAAGUGUUCUUUAAUUGCAAGAAUCGAUACGAUGCUUUCGUUUUGUUUUCCGACGCUUUUGCUGCGUUUGACAUCUGUACGAGAUUUAUCACCGGCUACAACGACAAGGAUAGUAAAGCCGUAAUACUGCAUCUUGGGGACAUUGCCAAGCGAUACGUAAAAGGCAGUUUCACUUUAGACCUGAUAGCAGCAUUACCCUUACAAAUAUAUCAGCCAUUCAAAAAGUGUACGCACACAAUUUGGUUCAUUUUAAAACUUCCUCGUUUGAUGACGUUGAAAGAAAAAUGGAAGAACGCGUACGAGCAGGUGGAAUUGUCAUAUUUAACGACUGCGGCGAUUGGUGUCGUAGUGAGGGUGCUUUUAUUCUUCCACUGGAUGACCUACAUUCACUAUCAAGUACCAGUUUUUUGUUCACAGCUUAGUGAAAACGAAUAUGUUUGGAGUAACAGGUCGAGAAGCUUUAACAUCACCAAUGACUUCCACAGAUACACUACGAACUUGUAUUGGGUGGUUGGUUUAUGUAUCGGCGCAGGCUAUUACAGGCCAGUCGAGGAGAUUUUAAUUUAUGAUCUUGUCCUAACAUCUGUAAUAAGCUUAGUUGGGCUGAUCUUCAUUAUAUUCACGUUUGCAACCGUAUUCCGUCUAUUUAUUUACGAAAACACAGACCAUUUCAUCUUUAACGGAAAGCUAAAGGACCUCAAAGAGUAUAUGGGUUUGCAGAGACUCCCAAACAUCUUACAGAGGAAAAUUCUACUGUUCAUAAAUUACAAAUUCAACGGCUCUUAUUUCAACGAAGAGUAUAUAUUAAAUACAAUUAAUGAACAGAUAAAGCAGGAUAUCAAUAUGCAUUGCUGCAAAGCGUUAGUAACAAGAAUACCGAUGUUUCAAGACAUGCCGGUUGCUUUUGUGAAUACAAUUAUUUUCAGCCUUGUAGAAGUUAUGUUUAUGCCUGGGGAGGUUGUUGUUUCUCAAGGAGAACCAAUAGAUUGUUUGUAUAUUAUAUCAUCCGGUUCUGUUACAGUUAUGGACUCAAACGGAAAAGAGAUUACUCAUUUACGCGAUGGAGCUCACUUUGGGGAUGAUGCUUUAUUUGAACCAACUAAAAUUCGUAAGACAACGAUCAUAGCGUUGGAAAUCACUGAGACUUACAAAUUGAGCAACGAGGCAUUUCGUGGUUGUGUGCGUCCUUACCCACAAAUAGACGCACGUGUACGUCGCUCAGUUCAGUUUAGCAACUCUAAGCUGCGGUUGCGUCGGAUGACUAUUGACUAG